GGGGGAGUGAGGCGAAGCGGUGUGAAGGCAGCGAAGUUAUUUUCCUGGAAAAUGCAACUUUUCGUCGUUGGGAAAACGCCUCGCUUGGUUGAGAUCGCGGAAAGGUCCGCUUUACCGAACGCGUCGUUUCGGAUGUGUGCGUAAAAACGAGCUACAAACUCGGGGUUUAGUUGGAUUUGUUUUACAAUGGGCCACGAGCAGAUGGUUCUUUUGUAGCUGCAGGUGAUCGUUUCAUAUUUAGGAGCGCGGUGUUACUAAUUAACCCGGCAUAAAACAUUUAUAACCUCCUCGUGCGUUUGUGACACGCCAAAGUAAAUCCUGUUUUUUAUCCGACUCUCCUGCGCGGACAUUGCAGCAUUUGCCUUUAUUUGUCUUUGUGUGGACUCUGAGUCGGAGACGUUGUAAAGCGGCAGUAAAACGAAUGCGACUGCCAUUUGGAAGCAGUUUCUGAGCCAUUUCCCCAGCGGAUUACACCGUGAUGGCAAAGAGAAGCCCCUGAUUGUAAGACCGGCACAAGAAAAGUGGUUUUGUGAAGAUCUCGGUACGAUAAUGGGGAAGCACUUGGUUUCGCUGCUCGUGCUGCUCCUGCAGCUCGUCUGUGGCUGUGCAGGAAACCAAAGGAUGACGAGGGCCGCCUCCUUGCAGUUUACCCACUCUGUUUACAAUGCCACCAUAUACGAGAACUCUGCUGCUAAGACUUACUUAGAGAGUCACACCAAGAUGGGGAUCUAUAUCACAGACCCAAGCUGGGAGAUAAGGUACAAAAUCAUUUCUGGAGAUAAUGAGAACUUAUUCAAAGCUGAGGACUACCUGCUGGGAGAUUUCAGUUUUUUGCGAAUAAGGACCAAAGGAGGCAGCACAGCCAUUCUCAACCGGGAGGUUAAAGACCACUACAUGCUGACUGUAAAAGCCACGGAGAGGAUCAGCAAUUUAGAGUCCCGCACCCGAGUGAAGGUGCAGGUCCUGGACACCAAUGAUCUGAGGCCCCUUUUCUCACCAACAUCUUAUAGCAUCUCUCUGCCGGAGAACACGGCGGUACGCACGAGCGUGGCGAAGGUCACCGCCACCGAUGCCGACAUCGGUACGAAUGGAGAAUACUACUAUAGUUUCAGGGAGUGGACGGACAUGUUCGCAGUGCAUCCAACAAGCGGCGUCGUGACGCUGACGGGCAAGCUGGACUACUCGGAGACAAAGCUGUACGAACUGGAGAUCCUGGCGGUGGACAGAGGCAUGAAGCUGUACGGCAGCAGCGGCUUCAGUAGCAUGGCCAAGCUCACAGUGAGGGUAGAGCAGGCCAACGAGCAUGCGCCUGUAAUCACCGCGGUGACUUUGGCCCCCUCGGAUGCAGACCAUGACCCCACCUAUGCUAUUGUGACGGUGGAGGACAAUGACCAGGGACCAAAUGGGGAGAUAGCAUCACUGAGUAUUGUGGCUGGUGACCCUCUUCAACAGUUCAAGUCUGUGAGAACCAGCCCUGGCAGCAAGGAAUAUAAAAUCAAAGCAGUGAAAGAUGUAGACUGGGAGGGCCAGCCUUUUGGAUACAACCUCACAUUACAGGCAAAGGACAAAGGCAACCCCCCUCAAUUUUCUUCUGCUAAAUUGGUACAUGUCACAUCAGCCCAGUUCAAAGUGGGCCCUCCUGUCUUUGAACAGGCCGUUUACAGAGUCAAUCUGAGUGAAUUCGCCCCUCUUCAUACUCCUGUCACUAUGGUAACAGCUGUGCCAAAGUAUCCACAGAUAAAAUAUGCUUUUAAACACAAAUCUGACAAGAACAGAUUUACGAUCAAUCCCGACACGGGUUUGAUCAGCACCGCUGGACCAAUCAGUGCUGAUUUUGCCUCCCAGUUUGAGCUAGAGGUGAUCACCAAUGACAAAAAAGCGGCAACAAAAGUAAUCGUCGACGUGAUUGAUGUGAACAACAACGCGCCAGAAUUCCAGCAGACGUCCUAUAGGGCUAGUGUAGAUGAGAAUGUACCUGUGGGGACCAGCGUGGUCACAGUUCAAGCCACUGAUCUGGACAAAGGUGAGAAUGGCUAUGUGACCUACAGCAUAACCAAUCAAAGCCCCCAGCCGUUUGUCAUUGACUAUUUCUCUGGCAUCAUCACUACCUCUGAGGAUCUAGAUUAUGAACUUAUGCCAAGAAUUUACCAUCUGAAAGUCAGGGCAUCAGAUUGGGGAUCCCCUUUCCGGCGGGAGGUGGAAUCAUCAGUCAUUGUAACAUUAAACAACCUGAAUGAUAAUAAGCCCUUGUUCGAGAAUGUGGACUGUGAAGUGACUGUGCCAAGGGAUCAUGGAGUGGGAGAGCAGAUAACAACAGUUUCUGCCAUAGAUGCUGACGAACUGCAGCUUGUGCGGUACAUCAUCAAAGCCGGCAACGAUCUUGACCUGUUCGAAAUGAACCCCAACUCCGGUGUGCUGUCCCUGAAACACACGCUGAGUGAGGGCGAAGCAGCCAAAGUCUCCUUCCAUAGUUUACAAAUCAUCGCCACCGACGGUGAACAUGAAACUCAGCCGAUGUUCAUGAACAUCACUGUCAUCACUGCACGAAAGCCCGUCCAGUUAAAGUGUGUGGAGACCGGGGUUGCCUCCAUGUUGGCGGAAAAGCUACUUCAGGGCAGCAAAGUGCACACGCAAACUGAGCCGUAUGACAACUUCAUGGACAUACACUCAGUCAACCGAUACGCGCCCCAGUUUGUGGACUCAUUCCCGAGUGUUAUUGAAGUCAAAGAGGAUCUUCCGGUUGGUGCUCGGAUCGUUCACUUAAGCGCCACAGACUCAGACAGUGGUUUCAAUGGGAAGGUUGUGUAUGUUGUUUCAGGAGGAGAUACUGAAAGCCGAUUUAUUGUAGACAUGGAGACUGGCUGGCUCUUGGUUUAUUCUCCUCUUGACAAGGAAACAACAGAUCAUUACACCCUCAACAUUACGGUUUAUGACCUUGGCAUACCACAGAAAUCCUCGUCACGCCUCCUGGAUGUUAAGAUCCUAGACGCCAACGAUAAUAGCCCAACAUUUUUGCAGAGUUCUUAUUCAGUUGAAAUAAGUGAGAGCACACCUGUUGGCACAGACAUCAUCCAGGUAGAUGCAACUGACAAGGAUCAAGGAGAGAAUGGAUUGGUAAAAUAUUCGAUUCUGGGCGGCACAGAUCACUUCGCGAUCAACGAGGAGAGUGGAGUGGUGACGGUGACAAAGUCACUGGAUCGUGAACUGCAUCCAGUUUAUGUCUUGAAGAUUGCGGCACACGACCAGGCAGUAAAUGAGCCUCAGCUCGUGUCCACGGUGCCACUUAAGAUCACGCUGGAAGAUGUGAAUGAUAAUCCACCCAAAUUUGUCCCACCCAAUUACCAUGUCAAGGUGAGGGAAGACCUCCCAAUCGGUACUGUAAUCAUGUGGCUGGAGGCUCACGACCCUGACGUUGGACCGUCCAGUCAGGUACGAUACAGUCUCAUCGACAACGGAGACGGGAAUUUCGAGGUGGACAAACUAAGUGGUGCCGUACGAAUUGUGCAAAACCUAGAUUAUGAGACAAGGCAGGUAUACAACCUGACGGCCAAGGCUAAGGACAAAGGGAAGCCCAUAUCGCUGUCAUCGACCUGCUUCAUUGAGGUGGAUGUGGUGGAUGUGAAUGAGAAUCUGUAUAGGCCUCUAUUCCGAUCGUUUGUGGAAAAGGGAUUUAUAAAAGAGGACGCACUUAUUGGGACUUCAGUAAUGACUGUAACAGCAGAGGAUGAAGACAAAGGAAGAGAUGGAGAAAUAAGAUACUCUAUACGAGAUGGAUCUGGUCUGGGGGUCUUCACCAUUGAUGAGGAAACGGGUGUUAUUCGGACCCAGGAGCUGCUGGAUCACGAGACGACGCCACACUACUGGCUCACGGUCUACGCCAUGGACCGCGGCGUGGUGCCGCUCUCGGCCUUCGUGGAGGUCUACAUCGAGGUGCAGGAUGUCAACGACAACGCCCCGCAGACGUCGGAGCCCGUCUACUACCCCUCUGUCAUGGAGAACUCCCCGAAAGAUGUGUCAAUCAUCAAAAUAAACGCGGUGGAUCCGGACGACAAGGGCAGCGAGAACCUCGCCUACAGAAUCACCAGCGGCAAUCCCCAGGGUUUCUUUGCCAUUAACAGCAAGACAGGUUUGGUCACCACUACUUCACGGAGGCUGGACAGGGAGCAGCAAGACGAGCACAUUCUUGAGAUCACCGUCACCGACAAUGGCGUUCCUGCAAAGUCCACCACCGUCCGCGUCAUCGUCAAAGUCCUUGAUGACAACGACAACAGGCCGUUGUUCCUGGAGAAGAUCUACAAGAUUCAACUCCCUGUGCGGGAGAAGCCGGAGAAAGAGAGAACCAUGAAGAGAGACCCGGUGUACCGGGUCAUCGCGUCGGACCGCGACGACGGACCCAACGCAGAGAUCUCCUACAGCAUCGACGCGGGAGACGAGCAGGGCAAGUUCUUCAUCGAGCCCAAGACUGGCCUGGUGUCGUCCAAGAAGUUCUCCUCUGCUGCAGAUUACGACAUCCUCACAAUCAAAGCCGUUGACAAUGGACGCCCUCAGAAAUCCUCCACCUGCCGCCUGCACAUCGAGUGGAUACCCAAACCCGAACUGCCGGCUGACGCCGCGCCGCUGCUCUUCGAGGAGUCGCCCUACACCUUCUCUGUAAUGGAGAGCGACCCCGUGGCACACAUGGUGGGCGUUAUCGCCACCGAGGCCUCCGACGUUCCCGUGUGGUUCGAAAUCACAGGCGGCAUAGAGGAUACUGAGAUGUUUUACAUCCUUCAGAUGACUUGUGACCACAACUGUACAGCAGAAGGUGGUAAUUAUGACAGCCGCUUUGACGUGGGCAAGGCCAGCGGAACCUUGAUUGUAGCGCGGCCCCUGGACGCUGAGCAGAAAUCAAAUUACAACUUGACGGUGGAAGCCACAGAUGGGACACGAACUGUCAGCACCCAGGUGCUUAUCCGCGUCAUUGACACCAAUAACCAUCGACCCCAGUUCUCGCAGCAGGUGUAUGUUGUGAGCGUCCCCGAGGACAAACCAGCGGGGACUGAGGUCAUACAGAUCAGCGCCGUGGACAGAGAUGAUAAGAACAAACUGACCUUUACCCUGCUGAGCAGUACCGAUCCCUUCAGCCUGAGGAAGUUCCGACUAGACCCAGGAACCGGAACGCUGUACACCGCUGAGCAGCUGGACCACGAGACCAUGCAUCAGCAUAUCCUCACCGUCAUGGUACGAGACCAGGACAUACCAGUAAAGAGAAACCUUGUGCGUGUCAUUGUCAAUGUGGAUGACAGCAACGACAAUGCACCCGGGUUCAUAGGCACGCCUUUCUCCGGCCGCGUGUUUGAGUCUGCUGCCGUGGGCUCAGCAGUGCUUCAAGUCACAGCGCUUGAUAAGGACAAAGGCUCCAAUGCAGAGAUUGUCUACAGCAUUGAAUCAGGAAAUGUUGCAAACUCGUUUGCCAUCGAUUCUGUUCUUGGGACAAUUACAGUAGGCAAAGAGCUGGAUCGCAGCAGCAAGGCCCGGUUUGAACUCACCGUAAAGGCAGCAGACAAUGGCGCCCCUUCUCUCUCAGCUACGGCCACUGUACACAUUGUGGUCACAGUUUCUGAUAAUGCAGCUCCUCGAUUCGCUGAAAAGGAGAUCUCUGCAGAAGUGAGUGAAUCAGCCCAUCCGGGAAGUUUCGUGAGCUUGGUCCCAGCCGUCAGCCAGUCGUCUGUGUUCUUUCAAAUAAAAGAGGGCAACAUCAACAAUGCAUUUGAUAUAAACCCAAACUCUGGAGUGGUUGUGACACAGAAAGCUUUAGAUUAUGAGACCACCUCUCAGUACAAGCUCAUCAUACAGGGCACCAACAUGGCCGGGCUUUCCAGCAACGCCACACUUCUGAUUCAUCUUAAGGACGAAAAUGACAACCCCCCAGUCUUUCUCCAGAGCGAGUUCCGAGGUGUAAUCAGCGAGUCCGCUCCCGUAAACAGCGUCGUUCUGACCCAUGACAACACUCCUUUUGUAAUUCGAGCCUCUGAUGCUGAUUGCGACCAAAAUGCCAUGCUCAGCUAUGAAAUUGUUGAACCUUUUGCACAUAACUAUUUUGCCAUUGACUCAAGCACAGGCGCAAUCAGAAUAACAACCGCUUUGGAUUAUGAACAGAGGAGCAUUUUCCGCUUCACCGUCCAGGUCCAUGAUCUAGGAAUGCCGCGUCUGUUUGCAGAGAAGGCAGCCAAUGUAACCAUUGAAGUAAUUGAUGUUAAUGACUGUUCACCAGUUUUCAGCCAAGAGCUGUAUGAGGCAACCAUUAUAGUUCCAACAUAUAAAGGGGUGAAGGUUGUUACAGUCAAUGCUACAGACGCAGAUUCUGGGCCUAACUCUAAACUCUUCUUCUCCCUAACUGAAGGAAAUAUAGGCGAUAAAUUUAAAAUGGAUCCCAUCGCGGGCAUAAUCUCUAUGCAGAAUGUCACACAGCUGAGGAGUCGAUAUGAGUUAAAAGUUAGGGUGUCAGAUGGAAGGUUCGGUGCCGUUGCUACAGUGAAGAUCAGUGUCAAAGAAAACAAGGAAAACAAGUUAAAGUUCACCAGCGAGUCCUACAAAGCCUAUGUCCAGGAGAACUCUUCUGACAAGAAGACACUGGCAGUCAUCGCUGCUGUCGGGAACCAAGUGAAUGAGCCUUUGUUCUAUCAAAUAUUAAAUCCCGAUAAAAGGUUUCAUAUCAGCCGCACAUCUGGAGUAAUGUCAACAACUGGAAUUCCAUUUGACCGCGAGACACAGGACUCAUUUGAUAUUGUCGUUGAGGUCACUAGACAGGACGCAACUGUAGAAGGGGCUCAUGUUUUAGUAACCGUUACAGUGGGAGAUGUAAACGACAACCCUCCAAUGUUCGUAAACCUCCCCUAUCAUGCGCUAGUCCAGAUGGACGCGGAGGAAGGCCACUUCAUCCGACAGGUCACGGCGGUCGACAGAGACACCGGUCCGAAUGCAGAGAUCCAUUAUCACCUGAAGGAGCAUCAGGAGCACUUUCAAAUUAGCCCCUCUGGUGAAAUCUCCCUCAAGAAGAAAUUUGAGAAGGAGUCGCUUAACACAGACUUUGUCCUUGUUGUUAUCGCGAAGGAUAACGGCACGCCAGCCCUUUCCGCUGAAGCAGAAGUGCCAAUAACUGUGGUUAACAAAGCGAUGCCUGUCUUCGAGAAGCCCUUUUACAGCAUUGAAAUCCCUGAAAACAUUCAGUUGCACGCACCUGUUCUUCACGUACAGGCCAAUGACUCUGAAGGCCCUCGUAUCGUGUACACCAUCGCUGAAGGAGAUCCUUUCAAGCAGUUCUCGAUUGAUUUCAACACAGGUGUUAUUCAUGUGAUUCAGCCGUUGGACUUUGAGACGCAUCCUGCCUAUAAGUUAAACGUAAGAGCCACAGACUCACUGACUGGAGCCCACUCAGAGGUGUUUGUUGACAUCAUACUAGAAGAUGUAAAUGACAAUGCUCCUGUUUUUCUGUCAAAGUCCUAUAAUGCCAGUAUUUCAGAGGCCUCUGUCAUUGGCACCUCCGUUUUGCAAGUCAGUGCCAAAGACUCAGAUACUGGUAAUAACAAAGAAUUGUUCUUUCACUUGGUUGAGGAAAAGGGGAAAAGCAGCGAGUAUUUCUCUAUCAAUCGCGACACCGGUGUAAUCUCUACAGCUCAGAUACUUGAUCACGAGGUGAUCCAACAGCACAAGCUGAGGGUCCGCGUGGUGGAUGGAGGAGUUCCAGCCCUGUCCACUGAUGUAACUGUGGUGAUAGACGUCACUGACCUAAAUGACAAUGCCCCGACCUUUUCAGAGCUCACCUAUAAAAGUACCGUGAGUGAGCUGGCGCCACGCGGACACUUCAUCACUCAAGUCCAAGCAUCAGAUGCUGACAGCUCAGACGCAAACAAUUUGGAGUUCUCAAUUACAUCUGGAAACGAAGAUCAGAACUUCGCUAUAGACAAACAAACCGGUGCCAUAGUCAUAUCCAACCACCGGAGGCCACACAUGCAACCUCUUUACAAGCUCAACGUGUCGGUCUCGGACGGUGUGUUCAGGAACUCUGCCCUUGUCGUGGUCACCGUUAUUGGUGCUAACUUCCACAACCCCACUUUUGCUCAGGUGGAGUAUGUGGUAGAGCUUGUUGAAAACUCACCUGUUGGUACGUUGGUAGCAGAAGCAAAGGCGACUGAUGACGACGAAGGAAUGUAUGGACAAAUAACUUACCAGAUUGUCAAUGACUUUGCCAAAGACAAGUUUUCUGUCAAUGAAAAUGGGGAGAUUUUGACCCUAGAGAGCCUCGACCGGGAGAAUGCCAUUGAGAAGGUUAUACCUGUUUCUCUCGCAGCUAAAGAUGGUGGAGGUAAAGUGGGCUUUUGUAUUGUCAGUGUCAUUCUCACAGACGUCAAUGAUAAUGCCCCACAAUUUCGGGCCGCUGAGUACAAAGCUACCAUUGCGUCAGAUGUCCCGAGGGGAACCUCUGUGCUCAGAGUCGCUGCUUCAGACAUGGAUGAGGGAAGCAAUGCUGACAUCGAAUACUCAAUAGAAGCAGAUGUUGAAAAUGUGGGCGAGAACUUUGAAAUUCAUCCAACAUCUGGAGUCAUCGUAACCAAAGAGAGUCUAAUUGGACUUGAAAAUGAGCUCUAUGCAUUCUUUGUCAGAGCAAAGGACACUGGAAAUCCACCCAAACAUUCAGUGGUUCAGGUUCAUGUUCGUAUUGUCGCACCAGAAACCCCAAUCCCUCUAUUUUCCGAACCACACUAUCGUUACACCUUAGCGGAAGAUCUUCCCAUUGGCACGGAAAUUGAUGUGAUUCAGGUGCAAAGCGAACAACCAGUUGUCUACAGCCUUGUGAAGGGGAACACGCCUGAGAGCAACAAAGACGAGGUGUUUGUUGUGGACAGAGACAGCGGAGCCCUGAAGCUUCAGAAGAGCCUGGACCACGAGGCCGCCAAGUGGUACCAGCUCACUUUGCUCGCCCAAACCCAGCAUGCGAGCUAUGAGGUCGGUGCAUCUGUGAAUGUAAACAUCCAGGUGAAAGACAUUAACGACAACAAGCCCAUCUUUGAGUCAGACCCUUACGAGGCCGUCAUUGUUGAAAACCUUCCCAGUGGGACCCAAGUGAUUCAGGUCAAGGCCAACGACCAGGACUCCGGAUCCAACGGCCAUGUCGUUUACAGCCUCGACCCGAGGCAGAACUCGCAGGAGAUCUCCGAACUGUUUGCUGUCAACAGUGAAACCGGAUGGGUGACCACCCUGAAAGAGCUGGACCGCGAAAGGAUGAGCAAAUAUACAAUUGGCGUCCUAGCCACAGACCAAGGUGACAAAGUCCAACACGUCACAGGCACCAAAGUGGAGGUAGCAGUAGUUGACGUGAACGACAACCCGCCUCGCUUCACGGCAGAAAUCUAUAAAGGCACAGUGAGUGAAGAUGACCCUCCGCCCAGCGGGGUGAUCGCUAUCCUCAGCACCACAGACGAGGAUUCUGAGGACAUCAAUAAGCAAGUGAACUACUUCAUCACAGGAGGAGACCCACUCGGCCAGUUUGCCAUCGAACACAUUCAGAAUGAAUGGAAGGUGUCUGUACGGAAGCCCUUGGAUCGUGAGGAGAAGGACAACUAUCUGCUCAACAUUACAGCCAGUGAUGGCAUCUUUACUGCCAAGGCCGUUGUGGAGGUCAAGGUGUUGGAUGCCAACGACAACAGCCCCAUGUGCGAAAAGUCCCUGUACAGUGAGAGCGUCCCGGAGGACUCCCCUGCCGGCAGGCUCAUCUUGCAGGUCUCUGCCACAGAUGCUGACAUUCGCUCAAACGCCCAAAUCUCCUACGAGCUCCAGGGAGUUGGAUCCGAAUUGUUCGCCAUCGACUCUGACACAGGGGAGCUGAAGACGUCACAGCCCCUGGACCGAGAGGAGCGGGACGAGCACAGGUUCAAGGUGCGGGCUGUGGACGGCGGGGGGCGCUACUGCGAGGCCGACAUCCACAUCACGGUGGAAGACGUCAACGACAACCCGCCCCAGUUCUCCGCCGACCCCUACACCUUCACGGUCUUCGAGAACACAGAGACGGGCACAUACGUGGCAAAGCUCCUGGCAAAUGACGUCGAUGCUGGCCUGAACAGUGACAUCCUCUACUCGCUGGUCGAUCCGGCCGGGGGCUAUUUUUCCAUCGAUGAGCACACCGGUGUAAUAAGCCUGGAGCGGCCCCUGGACCGCGAGGUGCAGUCGGUGUACGAGCUGAAGGCCCGGGCCAGCGACCAGGGUCUGCCCCGGCUCUCCUCGCUGAGCCAGGUGGUGCUUUCAGUGCUGGACAUCAACGACAACCCGCCGGUGUUCGAGCAUCGCGAGUACAUUGCGACCAUGUCGGAGGACGUGGCCGUCGGCACGCAGGUGCUGAGGGUGCAGGCCGCCAGCCGCGACGUGGAGGCCAACGGGGAGAUCUCCUACAGCAUCCUGAGCGGGAAUGAGCACGGCCUGUUCAGCGUGGACCCUCGCACCGGCGACAUCUUUGUGAUCGAGCCGCUGGACUACGAGGUUUCCCACGAGUACUACAUCACCAUAGAGGCCACGGAUGGCGGCUCGCCGCCGCUCAGCGACAUGGCCACCGUGGCCAUCAACCUCACUGACGUCAACGACAACAGGCCUGUCUUCAGCCAGGACGUCUACACGGCCGUCGUCAGCGAGGACACUGAGCUGGGAAAGACUGUGAUGGCGGUGGUGGCCGAGGACGCCGAUGGGCCGUCUCACAAUCACGUUCGUUUCUCCAUUGUGGACGGGAACCAAGGGAGCCCCUUCACCAUCGAUCCCGUCCGAGGCGAUCUCAGAGUGGCCCGCCAGCUGGACAGAGAGCGAACGUCAGGGUACACGCUAACGGUGGUAGCCUCAGACAACGGGGUGCCCCCUCUAUCUAGCAGCACCACUAUCAACAUCGACAUCUCUGAUGUUAACGACAACCCGCCGCUUUUCUCCCAGGCCAACUACAGCCUCAUCAUCCAGGAGAACAGGCCCAAAGGCACAAGUGUUCUUCAGCUCACCGUGAGCGACCGGGACGCCUCCCACAACGGCCCACCGUUCACCUUCGCCAUCGUGGACGGCAACGACGCCGGCGCUUUCCACAUCGACCAGCGCGGAGCUCUAGUGGCCGUGGGAGGGCUGGAGAGGAGGAGCAGAGAACACUACCUGCUUCAAGCGCAGGUGUCAGACAGCGGCAAGCCUCCGCUGCUCUCCACCGCCUUCAUCAGCGUGCGCGUCAUCGAGGAGAGCGUCUUCCCGCCCGCCAUCCUUCCUCUGGACAUCUUCGUAACCACGGCCGCGGACGAGUACCCCGGAGGCGUCCUGGGCAAGAUCCAUGCCACCGACCAGGACAUCUACGACACGCUGACCUACAGCCUCGCGGCGAGGGACGAGGACGCCUUGUUUUCGGUCGCCGCCUCGGACGGGAAAGUGAUCGCCCUGCGGCCCCUGGACGUGGGCCACUACUCGCUCAACGUGACGGUGAGCGACGGGCGCUUCACGGCAGCGGCCGACGUCACCGUGCACGUCCGGCAGGUGCCGCGUCAGGGCCUGGACAACUCCAUCGCCGUGCGCUUCGCCAACAUCGCCCCCGAGGAGUUCAUUGGGGACUACUGGCGGAACUUCCUGCGGGCCCUGAGGAACAUCGCCGGGGUGAGGAGGAGCGAGGUCCAGCUGGUGAGCCUGCAGCCCUCGGAGCAGGGCGACCUGGACGUGCUGUUGACGCUGGAGCGCUCGGGGAGCCCCUACCAGUCCCAGGAGGUCGUCUUCCGUAAGCUGAACUCCUCCGCCACCGUGAUCGAGGAGAUGACGGGCGUGCGCAUCGUGCGGGUGGUGCAGAAGCUGUGCGCCGGGCUGGACUGCCCGCUGCACUUCUGCGACGAGGUGGUCUCCCUGGAUAAGACGGCCAUGUCCACGUACAGCACGGCCCGGCUGAGCUUCGUCACCCCGCGGCACCAGAGGACGGCCACCUGCCAGUGCCAAGGUGGCAGAUGCCCUGUGCUGAACAACCUGUGUGAGAACAGCCCCUGUCCUGAGGGAAUGGAGUGUGUGGCAGAUCCCAGAGAGGCCACGUACAGCUGCGUGUGUCCGGAGGUCAAAAAGGGCAAAUGCUCUGAUGGCCACUCGCUGACGUUCAGCGGCAGCGGCUACGUGAAGUACCACCUGAUGGAGAACGAGAACAAGGAGCUGAUGAAGCUGUCGCUGAGGCUGAGGACCUUCUCCAGCCACGCUACGCUCAUGUACGCCAAGGGCACGGACUACAGCAUCCUGGAGAUCGUGAACGGCCGCCUGCAGUACAAGUUCGACUGCGGCAGCGGGCCGGGCCUGGUGUCGGUGCACAGCGCGCAGGUCAACGACGGCGAGUGGCACGGCGUCUCGCUGGAGGUGGACGGCAACUACGCCAAGCUGGUGCUGGACCGCGUGCACGCGGCCUCGGGCACGGCGCCGGGCACGCUGCGCACCCUCAACCUGGACAACAGCGUGUACUUCGGCGGCCACGCGCGGCAGCACGGCCCGGCCCGGCUCGGCCGCAGCCUGCCGGCGGCCAGCGGCUUCCGCGGCUGCCUGGAGGCCAUCGCCCUCAACGGCCAGGAGCUGCCGCUCAACACCAAGGCCCACUGGAGCCACGCGGUGCUGGAGGACGCGGUGGACGUGAGCCCGGGCUGCGCGCUGGCGCCCGCGCCCGCCGAGAGCUGCUCCAGCAACCCCUGCACCAACGGAGGGAGCUGCACCUCGCUGCCCAACGGAGGCUACUUCUGUAAAUGUCCUGCCUCUUUCAUGGGCACCCACUGUGAGAUCAGCAUCAGCCCGUGUGCGUCCAACCCCUGCCUGUACGGAGGCACCUGCGUCCCUCGUGCAGACGACUUCUUCUGCCAGUGCAGAGGACAGUACUCAGGACAGAGGUGCCAGCUGGGGCCGUACUGCAGAGACAACCCCUGUAAGAACAGCGGAAAGUGUAUCGACAGUCUGGACGGUCCGGUGUGUGAGUGUGAAGCCGGCUUCCAGGGAGACAGGUGCCUGAGCGAUGUCGACGAGUGCAUCAAGAACCCCUGCGCCAACGGAGGCCAGUGCCAGAACACGUACGGCUCCUACAACUGCAACUGCUCGCAGGGCUUCAGCGGGCAGGUCUGCGAGCUGCGCGCCGAGGUCAGCAACGAGGUCGUCUCCACCUCCUGGAACAUCGGCCUGGAGGAGGUGAUCGGCAUCGGGGUCUUCGUCUUCAGCAUCCUCAUCCUGGUCCUCCUCUUCAUCAUCAUCCGCAAGCGGGCCUGCCACAGCAAGGCCAAGGCGGACAGCGACAGCAAACACCUGGGGGGCUCCAACGUCCCCCACUCCUUCCUCCAGAGACCCUACUUUGACGCCAAGCUCAACAAGAACAUCUACUCCGACAUCCCGCCUCAGGUCCCCGUGCGACCCAUCUCCUACACUCCCAGCAUUCCCAGCGACUCCAGGAACAACCUGGACAGGAACUCGUUCGAGGGCUCCGCCAUCCCGGAGCACCCGGAGUUCAGCACCUUCAACCCAGACUCUGGUCACGGACACCGCAAGACGGUGGCGGUGUGCAGCGUGGCGCCCAACCUCCCCCCUCCCCCGCCGUCCAACUCCGUGUCCGACAGCGACUCCAUCCAGAAGCCCAACUGGGACUAUGACUAUGACGCUAAAGUGGUGGACCUGGACCCGUGCCUGACCAAGAAGCCCGUGGAGGACAGCGCCUGCCACCCCUACAACACCAGAGGCAGCAUGUCUGAGGUCCAGUCCCUCAGCUCCUUCCAGUCAGAGUCCUGUGACGAUAACGAGUCUUUUUUGGCUCAUGAUCUCAAGAACUCAAGAGGAUAUCACUGGGACACAUCUGAUUGGAUGCCAAGUGUUCAACUUCCUGGAAUCCAGGAGUUCCCACAGUAUGAGGUCGUGGAGUCGCCCGCCCCUCUGUACAGCGACCCGAGUGCCAUCGACACCGAUUACUACCCCGGCGGCUUUGACAUUGAGAGCGACUUCCCUCCGCCGCCGGAGGACUUCCCCCUCAGCGACGACCUCCCGCCGCCGCCCGUGCCGGGCUACGGCGACCGCUGCGACACGCUGCGGGCCCUGAGCAGAGACCUGGACCCGUCGGCAGCAGGUUCUGGCUCCGGGGGGGUCCGCCAGCGCCCGGCCCUGCCCCAGCUCUACAGCCUCAACCAGUACCUGCCGCAGCACGCCUACCCGAGCGACGGCGCCGACGCCGAGGCUCCCGGCGCCACGUCCACCUCGGCCGGCACCACCCCAGCCUCCACCCUGUGCAGCCGCGGAUACCGAGGGGACUUCCCCCUGGGCUGCAGCCGGGACUUCGACUCCUCCGCUCUGGACAAUGUGUCCAUGUCUCUGUACACGUCCACGGCCUCCUGCUCGGACAUGUCGGCGUGCUGCGAGGAGUCCGAGGCGAUGAUCAGCGACUACGAGAGCAGCGACGAGGGCCUCUUCGAGCAGCUGGCCGUCCCGGCGCUGGACUCCCAACAGCACACUGAAGUCUGACACUGGAUCCAAACAAAAGUGCCUGAAGCCACAGUUACACCUUCCGCUACCCCCAGUACACAAACACGCACAGUAUGUGGACACACCAACACCGCACCGCACAUACAUGCACACAAAUGGUGAACUGAGUCAAAGCUGGGGUCGUGAGGAGUUCACAGCGCCAGGGACCGUCAUCACUGGAGGAAGACUGUGCGAAGGAUCGACUCUCGAUGUCACGCGAAUGAACCUGUUUACGCCCGCGUUGGCAGGAGACGGAAAGAUGCUAGCGACCGCUUUCCAACCCUCCAAGGUAAACUUCCCUUUUCAAUCCUUGCUACGUGGCCUCGUAGCUGAAUAGAGCGCCCCAGGUUUGAUCCCCGCCUCUGGCACCAGGUGUGUCCUUGAGCAAGACACUUCCCACUAGCUCCCCGUUCUCGCAGGAAAUGGGACGAAUGCAGAGAUGAAUUUCCAACACUCAAUAAAGUUUCAGUUAUAUCAUUACUGUUAUUACAAGUGUGAGACGUGUUAGCCCACACAGACACUAUUUGACCGUUCAGAUGAUAAAAAAAUGUGGCCAAUGUCGUCUAGUCAAAGGUUAAGAUCCUUCAAGUGUCGUUUCUGCUGCUGCCAACGCGGCCGCGUGUUCAUGAUGACUGAUGAAUGCUGGGAUUGCGUGGAGCUCCAUGCGACAGUGAAACACGAAGAUCUUUCUUUCUAUAAAAUAAAGCAAGAAAAAAAAAUGUUUUUUAUGCAAGUCCUCAUUUUCAGUGUAAAUUUGCCUGUACAGUUUUGAUUUCAAAGUUUUACUAGGUUUUGUAGAUAAUUUUUAUUUGAAAGCAGUUCAGUGGUGUGACAUUAUCAGCCUUACUGUGCUUAAACUCAUGAAACAGAAACAUUAAAAAGAGCGUGGCGUGUGCAGACACUAUACUCGUAACGUUUCUCGUCUCCUGCUCAUUUAAAAAAGGGUCUUCAACGAACGACUGCAUAUUGUUGUGUUGUUUUUUUUUAAUUUGUGUGUAAAUUUUGACUUCGGAACCUCUUUAUUUUUCCACCAAGAAAAUGGGACCCAAUAUAUUUAUAGUUGCAGAGUUAUCCAUAGACACCUGGCUUUUUCAGGGGUCUAUGUGUGUGUGAGCAACGCUAUGGUCUUGUUAACGUUUUUAUUGAAUACUGCCACAAGCUCACGCUUUCAUACUGUUAAUAAAUUAUUCCUAAAAAAUA